AAAGUUUUUUUUUAUUUGUGUAAUUUUCGAUGGUUGGAAUCGAUAAUCGCGACUACACCGAUUACAUCGCGAUUGCACGAAACAUCCGUAUUGAUCAAACAACAUGACUUGAGACUCUCAAGUUGAGAGUUUCACGAUCAUGGCGUUGACCGCAUCCGCGGAAGGCAAGCGAUCUGCGAUUUCGAAUUCCUACGCCGUAUACGGCAGGGUGCCGUCGAUCGGAAUGGAUCGAACGAGGAUCACGUUUUGCACGGACGUGGACAAAUCCGUGAUCGUACACAAUUUCGAGAAACGCGGUUGGACCCAAGUCGGCCCGGACGACGACUGGAACUUUUACUGGGCCGCUACGCAGUCCUGUAGGAGUAUCUUCAGCGUUGAAACUGGAUACAGGAUGGAAGACAAUCAAAUCAUCAAUCACUUUCCAAAUCAUUAUGAGCUCACGCGCAAAGACCUGCUGGUGAAGAAUAUCAAGCGAUAUCGAAAAGACUUGGAAAGAGAAGGAAAUUGUUUGGCAGAGCGCGCGGAGGGUCCAGGCAAAUAUCUGUACCUCGAUUUCAUACCGGUCACCUUCGUUUUACCCGCAGAUUACAACAUGUUCGUGGAGGAGUACCGCAAGUCUCCGCAGAGCACCUGGAUCAUGAAACCGUGCGGCAAAUCGCAAGGCGCCGGGAUAUUCCUCAUCAAUAAACUAAGCAAACUAAAGAAGUGGUCGCGCGAAGCGAAGACCCCGUUCAAUCCAAAUCUGACAAAGGAAUCCUACGUUAUAUCCAGAUACAUCGAUAAUCCACUGUUGAUCGGCAGCAAGAAAUUCGAUCUCCGACUGUACGUCCUUAUCACCUCGUUUCGGCCGCUCAAAGCGUAUCUCUUUAAAUUAGGAUUCUGCCGAUUCUGCACCGUCAAGUACGACACCAGCGUUCAGGAACUUGACAAUAUAUUCGUGCAUCUGACAAACGUGUCUGUGCAAAAAACGGGUAAGGUGUACAACAGCAAACACGGCGGUAAACUGAGCGUACAGAAUCUGCGUUUGUACCUGGAGAGCACGCGUGGAAAAGCGGUCACGGAGAAGCUGUUCGCCAACAUCUCUUGGUGCAUCGUGCACUCGCUGAAGGCGGUCGCGCCGGUGAUGGCGAACGAUCGGCACUGCUUCGAGUGCUACGGCUACGAUAUCAUCAUCGACAACAAUUUGAAGCCAUGGCUGAUUGAAGUGAACGCCUCGCCGUCCCUAACGUCCACCACGGUGAACGACAGGAUCUUAAAGUACAAACUGAUCGAUAAUAUUCUGUCGGUGGUUUUGCCUCCAGACGGCAUGCCCGAUGUGAAAUGGAACAAAUUGCCUUCUCCGGACGCUCUGGGGAACUUUGAACUGCUGCUGGACGAGGAACUGGCGGCUCAGGACGAGAGAGAGGGUUCAUCAAGCAAGUAUCGCGGUUCCCUCAAUAAGUGGAAAUAGCCUCAGCUUUGGUAAAACCAAAUUUCGGAUGCUGUCGGACAAUUAAUACAAUUGACGCUUAACUAGUUGUUUGACAUUACUUUUGCCUGACAUUAAAUAUCGUGAGGAUCGACAUUAAAAAUGUGUAAUGCCUUCGCUCGCUCAAGCAUUCGGGACGCUUCAAAGAAUCACUCGAAUUUACAUUAACAAACAAUUUUAUUUACUGUACAAAUAUGCUACAAAGAAUGCAAGACAACACGCGCGCGCGCGUAUGUCGAUUGCGAAGAUGUAAAAAUAAUAUAGGCAGUAAAAUUUCAUUUCAGUCUUUUGCGCGUGUGAAACGAGAACAAUAAUAAUUUUUAUUAAUACGUAUUCGUUUCCUCUCGAUCAAGGCGGCUUCGAAUUGCAGAGUGCGAGGUAAAAGGUCCUUGCGUUUCUCGCGUACAGCUUUAUGUACAAGCGUAUAAUAUGAUUACGCGUAUCGUACAAGAUUAUUGUACAGUUUAUGGCACAGUAUUCCAAAUAUGACAAUUACGCUGAGACGCGUGUGCGCUGAAUGAAUAUUCAUUCCUCAAGUGCUCUUUCUUUUUCUCACAGCUGUGUGUUCUCUCGCACAGUAUCGUAUUUCAACAGAAAAUUGGUUGAAAGUGAAGAAACGUGAACGCAACGAAAUUCCAGCCAUCAUAAUCACAUCAUAAUAUCUCUUUGUUAUCUCUUUUCCUUCAUCUCUAUUUUUCAUUCACCUCUAUUGUUAUAUAUCUCAAUUUUCACUAUUAAAAUUUUAAGAGUAUACAUGCUGCAGCGAAUAUAAACAGAAUGCUUCGAUUUAUUUAUAAAGGCAGGAG